AUCGCGACGCACGCACCCAAAUUCAGUCUGUGUGUCGAGUGGUUGGUUAUGGUUGUUGGUCACAAGACUAGUAAUAGGAAAUAAAUAAUUUUAUUAUUGUUUAAAUCGAGUAGUGCUACUAUUAUUCCGUAUCUCUACAUAAAUCCCUUCAUAACCAUGGUGUCAAUGAUACCAGAUGUUUGUUUGUGAAUGACGAGUCAAAGUGCAAAACAACUAAUGAAUGAUGCAGUCUAUUUUCUGGACAGGCAGAGUGCUAUCACGUGCUAUAAGGAAUGGGAUUUCAAACUUAUCCAGCUCUGCUGAAUUAAACGUUUCGAGCCAGAAACAUCCAUAUUUAGUAUCAGUUGUGUGUGGAUUUCCCAAAGACAUUGUCAAUGGAAGAACUCGUAAAGGGCAAUUUGGGGACGACGCAUGGUUUUCUACCCAGUUCAACAAUGCGGACGUUAUUGGAGUGGCAGACGGAGUGGGGGGCUGGCGUGCUUAUGGAAUUGAUCCCGGGGAAUUCUCCUCCUAUUUAAUGAAGACUUGCGAGAGACUGGUCCAAAUGGGCCAUUUCAAGUUGUCAGAGCCUGCUGACCUCCUAGCCAAGUCAUACUAUGAGCUACUUGAACACAAGAAGCCUAUACUAGGCAGCAGCACAGCUUGUGUUAUGAUCCUGGAUCGGACGGAGAGCGUGAUGCGCGCGGCCAACAUCGGCGACAGCGGCUACAUGGUGGUGCGCGGCGGCCGCGUCGUGCAUCGCUCGCACGAGCAACAGCACUACUUCAACACGCCGUACCAGCUCAGCCUGCCGCCGCCGGGCCACGACAGGAACGUGCUCAGCGACAGCCCAGAGUCGGCGGACACAUCAGAAUUCGCCGUCGAAUGCGGCGACGUGAUCCUUGUCGCCACCGACGGCGUGUUCGACAACGUGCCCGAGCCAGUGCUGCUCGCCGAGAUGCGACGGGCGAAGACACUCGCUGGCGACUCGCCGCGUCUGCAGGCUGUGGCCAACUCUAUCGCGUGGAUGGCCAGGAAUCUGUCCUUUGACGGCUGCUACAUGUCGCCCUUCGCUAAGAGCGCUAGGCAGAAUGGAAUUGAUGCCAUCGGGGGCAAACCAGACGACAUAACGGUGCUACUGGCGAUCGUAGCCCUAUGAAAAUGUCCUCAUUCGAUUUAGGCACUUGUUCUUUACUAAACAUAUUACGAAAUUAGUAGGUAUAUAGUUAUAUUAAACAACGACACCAAAAAUUCGACAUUGUUCUAAACUUAGUGACGUAUUUGUGCAGGCAUGUCUAUUCAGCAAUAUAGGGUGGAUUUGAGUGCGGUUUAAUUGCUUGAAUCAACCUAACUAAAACCGUCUAAGCAAAAGACGAGAGGGAAAAAAUAUAAUUACAAAAGGACUAAAGUCUUAGUGCUCAUUUAGACGAUGGGAGAACUCGCAUGCGAGUUUCAUUACAUUGCGGUUUUGGAUCAGUCGGUUGAAUUGGACGUAACCAUUGUAACGAACAAUCCGCAAUGUAACUAAAAUAGCAUGCGAGUUUGCGCGCCGUCUAAAUCAGUCCUUAUUCUAUCACAAUUUAUUCCCACUUGUCAUUUUUUUAAUGUAACUACUGAUGUACCGUCCGUUUCCAAAGUUACGAAAUUUCCACAUGUAAUAAUUUUGAAGCACCUCAUAAUUUAGUCUGGGGAGCGAAA